AUGCCGACGUCCUUCCGGGUGAAGACCUUUAAGGGUCUUCAAGACGGCUUCGAAGAUCCAGUGGAUUUCAUCGAAGACAUCGAAACAGCUGUGGAGAGAGAUUACGCCCGUGAGACUGCAACACUGAAAGCAGCUAGGAAACAAUCCAACGGUAGCGAUGAUGCAGCGAAUGCCAUCGAGGAGAGAAUCCUACAAGAUAAGAAAGAUCGAGACUGCCGUCUACUCUUCCGUCAGAAUGUCAGUGGUAGGGCUGAUACAUGGUAUAACCAUCUCAACCGGGACACUCGCAGGGACUGGACGAAGCUUCGAGCUAGUUGUCUUGAAAGAUAUCGUCUUCCAGAGGAAGAUCCGGUGGCAAAAAUCUCACGAAUGGAAACUCAAUACGACGGAAUGAAACAGGCUCGUGAUGAAACUAUCACUGAAUACCUAGAACGAGCGGAUGAUUUCCACGCUCAGUAUGGGCCCGAGAAAGCACAUCUCGGAGUGAAAGUGGUACAAGGGCUGAAGGAUAUUCAUAAGCGUGAUAUGGUCCUAUUCCACCUCCGUCAGAAAAAUGAGAUGGGAUAUAUUGCGGCUCGGAAACUGAUUGUGGACGCCUUCUCUGGGGUUGAUAACCCAUUUAUCAGAGACGAACCUAUGCAGAAGAAAGAAUUGUCGUUCGAAGAUGUGAUCCGAGACACGAUGCCGGAAGUGGUGAAAGGCAGAAUCAACAAAGGUCAGGCUCCGGGGCAUCCUUCGGGCGUGGAAAAGAAACCACCCAAGGGGAAGGUCGGGGACCACGGCGUCCCUUAG